GGCAGAGGGAACUAUGCAAGAACUUGGUUUAAAAACUGUUGGUAACGAAAAUAGUAUAAUAGAAGUUUUGUUAAAACAGGCUAAUGCUUUAGCAUAUAGGACAGUUGAUAAGGAUUAUAGAAAAAGAUUGCAGAAAGGCUCAGAAUCAUGUCGUGAAAUGGCUCAAGAUCUAUUUCUUUUAGAAACAUUGAAGCAGUAUUGUAAUGAUUUGUCUAAGAAAGUUGAUAUAGUGUUUUGGUAUAGAGAUUUAGCACUAGUGGCAGCUAGGGAUAUUAAAAAGAAGUUGGGUAUAAUUUGGAUUCUGCUCGAUAAGAUUAUUGAAAAAGUACUUGAAAUGUGUUUAUACACAACAGAUGAUGCAUCUUUGUUUUUAGCUAGAGAAGGUAAAGAAAUAUCAGUUUUAGUAGUUUUAUUAGUAAUUAAACAAAUAGUAAAUUAUACAAGUUUACAAAAUUGGUUUUCUUCUUAUAGCUUAAGGAUAGAGAGUACAAUAGUAGCUAUAAGCAGAUGA